AUGGCUACACAUAUCAUUACGGAUCUGCCCGUCGAGCUCCUCGUGAUGAUCUUCUUCUUUCUCGAUGCUCGCGAUCUGAUCAACUGUAAACAAGUGUGCCAAAUGUUCCUACAACUUAUACGCGACUCCACUGUGCUGCAAUAUUUCUAUGAACUGGAGCUUGCGGGCAUGACCGACGAGCCCUUGUGCCCGCUUCCUUACGUGGAGAGACUGCGAAAAUUACGGUCUCUGCAGCACAUGCGCCGCACCGCAGAGCUUGUGCCAGGGACGUCCUUUCCACAAUGGACGGCGCUCGCGUGGACGACCGCGCCUGGUGGUCUUUUCGCGCAAGCAAACAUGCGAGGCGGGAUUGAUUUUAUCCAGCUUCCAUCCGCAGCUCUUGGCGUUUCAGAGCGUCGAUGGUCUAUCCACAGCGAGAGCCUGGAGAUGGAAAUGGAAAUGGGGACAAUGUGUAUGGAUCCAUCGCAGGACGUCAUUGUCGUGACAGGGUGGGAUCAGGUGCCCGACGGACCACAUGAGAUCAUCCUUUCAGACAUGGGCAGAUAUGAUGAAUCAGAGGGAGUCGGAGAAUAUCGCAGGGAAGGACGGCAAACUCGUCUAGAGGGCGACUACGUAGCGCAUCUUGGUUCUUGGAGCAAUGAAUAUGCGAUUCUGGUGUGGGAUUGGAAGACGGGCGAUUUGCUUUGGGAAAGUAUCCAUCUACAACAAACAACUCCAGAAAAUAAAUACAGAACCUUUGACUUCGUCGACAGUCGGCAUCUACUUGUGGUGGACUACGAAACCAUUGAUAUCUUCGUGCUAGACCGACCAAGCACAUACACUGGGGUUCCAGUCUUGAUUCGAGGUUCUCUCUGCAUGUGGGAGUAUCCUAUACGUGGAGGACAAUCAUUCACUUGGAACCAGCUCAUGUCAACGCACAAAGGCGGAUGCUCGCAGAGGAACCCGGCUCAUCCAUUCUACUCGUCCCCACAGCGUGGUCUCGUUGCCGUCGUCUGUUUGGGAGCGCCAUAUAACCACGAUGAGGACAUGUGGACGGAGGUGAUUUUGGUACCUGCGUCCAUGAUCCGGGAGUGGGCUCUGCGCGCACAGACUGGCGCACAAGACGAGGACACCUUUCGUGUCGGGGAUUCUGGGCUUGUUGAAUGGGCACACUGGGCACCAUACUACCCGAGAAUAAUCCGCAACGGCAGGCUGUCCGCCGCAGAGGUACAGGGAAUGCAUGCGACAUUCGCCACGAUCGACGAAGAACUUGUGCUGGAUCAUAUUGACUACACCGCCGUCGGAGGUAAAGAAGUGGAAUUUGAUUUCGACACCUUCCGUGACCUUGGGGAUGAGUGGGAUAAAGGGGGCAAGCUAUGUGUCAUCCCUGAGGACAGUGAGGGCGUCCAUUCAGCAUACGCCGAGGCUCGGCCGAUAGUUGAGGGCUUUCCACAGUAUCUAGUCAUCCUUCCAGAUUUUGCAAUCUUGCAGGAGUAUGAUGAUGAUGAUGGGAACACCCAGUGGCAGAUUCAUCAUAUCGUCGCCUCUGAGUCCGGUGAUUCGUGAGCCGGGUAGAGAGAGCUGCGGACAUGUACUUGGCUCGCUCAUCUAGGUAGCAUCCUCGUAUACCACAGAAGAACGUGUCAGCGACAAGAAGAAAAAGCUGUGACGGUAGUCGAGGGCGUGUCACAGAGUGAGAAAAUAGCUCUUGUUGUAAUACUAUUAUACAGUGUAUAUUGCGCCCUAUAGAACGUCGAGUGGUCUCUCCGAAGUGGCGGUGCUGCGGCUUAAUAUUUGGCAGCGUCGCAUCUCAUUAGUGGAGACUGCUAAUAAUAUCAAUGGCUUUCAA